AUGGGAAAGAUCAAAGUUUCUGAAAAUAAGUCUAGGCUUCGUCACAAUCCUUUAUUAAGUGAUGUGGCAUCUCAAGGUGGAAAUUUGAGAGUCACUGCUCGUGCCACGAAGGAGGACAAAAGAGAGGAAGAGGAAGGAUAUUUGGAUGCAGUGACUUCAAGAAAGAUCAUACAACUAGCUAAAGAACAGCAACAGGAAAUAGAGGACGAAGAUGAAACAAAAAAUGGUAAUCAUGCUAAAUUUUCGCUGAUAUUAUUAUCUAAUGAAGAGCAGGAUGAAAAUGCUGAGGACGAAGACGAAGUAGAAGAAGAAGAGUAUUCAGAUUUCGAGGUACAAUACGACGAGGAAGAUGACCAACUUGAAAUCGACGAAAAAGAUGCUCAAUUAUUUAAUAAGUACUUCCAGACUCUGGGCCCCAAUUUGAAUGGAACAUUAAACUUAGCUGACAAGAUUAUGGAAAAGAUUCAGGAGAAGGAGCUUGCAAAAGAAACGACUGAAAAGCCAGAGGGUGCAGUAUUGCUUCCUCCAAAAGUCAUAGCAGCAUAUGAAAAAAUUGGCCAAAUUUUGUCCACUUAUACGCAUGGAAAAUUACCAAAAUUGUUUAAAGUAUUACCAUCCUUGCAAAAUUGGGAGGAUGUUUUGUACGUUACAAACCCAAGUUCAUGGACUCCACAUGCGGUCUAUGAAGCUACAAAACUAUUUGUGUCAAACUUACAAGCGAAUGAAGCUCAAAAGUUCAUCGAGCAAGUGCUCUUAGAUAGAUUUAGAGUUUCAAUUGAAGAUUCCGAGGACCAUUCUGUAAAUUAUCACAUAUAUCGUGCUUUGAAGAAGUCAUUGUAUAAGCCAGGAGCAUUUUUCAAAGGUUUCUUAUUGCCCUUAGUUGAUUCCCACUGUUCUGUUAGAGAAGCAACAAUUGCAGGUUCAGUCUUGGCGAAAGUUUCAGUGCCUGUUUUGCAUUCUUCUGUUGCAUUAGCUCAGUUGGCUCAGCGCCCAUUCAAGCCUUCUACUACAGUGUUCAUACGAGUAUUGAUUGAAAAGAAAUAUGCAUUGCCUUACCAAACGUUAGAUGAACUCGUGUUCUAUUUUAUGAGGUUCAGGAGAGCGGCUCAAGAUCUGGAUGCUAUGAUCGACGAAGACAAGAAAGAAAAACUACCAGUAUUACCUAUUGUCUGGCACAAAGCCUUUUUAGCAUUUGCUCAACGUUAUAAGAAUGAUAUAACAGAUGAUCAAAGAGAUUUUUUGUUAGAAACUGUUAGGCAAAGAUUUCACCAUGCUAUUGGCCCUGAAAUAAGAAGAGAAUUAUUAGCGGGAGCACCAAGAUUGACAGCUCAGCCAAUUAAAGAAGCAGCAAUGAUAGAUGCAUUUGUUUAG